ACGCUCUGCUGACGUUCACACAGGAUCAACAACAUGGCGUUGCCCAUGAAACAUAUAGGAGGUUAUACUAAUGGAUUGAAUAAGAACUAUUUUAGGACAUAAAAUACAUUAUUCCGAAUCGAACAUGUUUUACUGUAUAUUAUACUCAACUAGACGUUGUUGAUCCAGUCGGUGAUUGUCCACAAGUACCACCAAUUGCUGCUUCCAAGAGUCAGUGAACCACUAAGAUGUCUGGGACAAAUGUGUGGACCCGAAGCCGUGAAAAGUUAAGACGUUUCCCCGAGAUAUUGGCUCAAUGUCCGGGAGAGGCAUCGGCUUAUGGGAAAUGUGUCACAGCUACAACCAUAGGUAAACAGGAGCUGCAGAAGGAUCUCUGUGUGAAGGAAUUUCAGGCGCUCAAGGCAUGCUUCCUGAACGCAGCCAAGAAAGCAGCGAAAUAGCACGCUUUCGGGACAUUAUCCACGCACUGGAUCAGCUACCAUAUACAAUGCCUGAAAGUGACUGUAUAAUGAUUUGUAAUGGAUAUUAAAAUAAAGAUGACAUGUUGAGGA